UGGAGCUGAAGAAAACAGGAGCAGCACCUGAUGAUAAUAUUAGGAUUAAUAGGGGAAUGGUGAAGGAGAGUGAACCAAUGAGAGAGCAGCGACGAGGAUGCAACUGUGAUCCAGGAAAAAACAGACCAUUGUUCCUGGGAAGUUGAAGAAGUGCGACCUCCCUCCACUCGCCGUCUCUCUUUGCGCUCGGCCCGGCAGCACAUCGAAGAACUGGGAAGCCCAUUGACAAGUCAAAAUGAGCGGAGGAAUCAAUGUGAAAUCAGCCCCCUGUGGGUCUUCCUCCUCAGGAAUCCCUCUCCCCCGCAGCCUUGUGACCAACUCUCCAAAAACAAACCCCCGUCGCCAAGCUUGUGACUUGCCCAGGCCCUCAGUGCUGGCCCCAAAACACACCCCUACACAUACACCUACUCACUCUCCUUCACUUCGUCCACGAAACUCCAGUAUUCCUGGGCCUUCCUCUAGGGAAUGCCUGAAAGACGGGGGCAUAAAAAAUCAACUCUAUCACCGGAGUCAUGUGUCACAUUCAGCCUACAGCAGCCCGGUGGUCCAGCGCAGAUUACCAUCGCCACACUCCAAAGACACAUUGGAUCUUCAAAAACCUGUUCCAUCUCACAUCCCUGCACCGUUGGUGCAUGAUGGGAAUCAUAACAGAAGUACCAUCAUUAAUAAGAACCAAGCCAACAACCUGCAUCCAGCUUUCCGUUUAAGAGGAGGUGAAAACUCCAACACAACUCAGGAAAUGAGUCAAAAUACAUUAGCAAGAGGAGGAAAUCUCCCUAAACAACAACCAGUCGAAACCAGCAUUGCAAAAAAUGGGAACCUUCGACCUGGUACUGCUCAGUCAGGCACCAAGCACACUUUUAGAAGUCACAGUGGUUCCACAAGUCAGUCAGAUGAAGAGAUGGGGACUCCAGAGGACAGCAGUUCAGCAUCUUCUCCUGAUCCUCUCCCACUUCCACUCAUCACAUUUACCAUGCCAUUAAUAUCCAGUGUUUAUAAACAGGAACACCACCUGCAAAAUGACUCUACAGAGACACACACAACCAGAGUUAACAUGGCAGCUGUGGCUCCGUUCAGCUACAGGCUGAGGAUACAGGAGAACGACUUCUCUCUGGAGGAACUCAGUGACUGCUCAUCCGGGUCUAUUGAAGUCUGCUGUGAUGACCCAGCAACAGGAGGGAUGCUGGAGGCUAAUGUGGCUAAUAUUAGCAUGACAGCUAAGCCCAGAGAGCUGGAUCUGAGGUCUGCAGCUGUCUCCUGUCAGGAUACUUCAGCCCAGCCCAUGGCAUCCAGGAAGCCACAGACUAAGCCCUCUGCAUUGCCCCAGGCACCUCCACGUCCUUCAGGGUCAGAGCUCAAAGUGUAUCGGCCCAACUCCGGCUCUAUCCCUAUUCCAAUACCUAAUCCAUCUGGGCUCCGCAAGCAGCGAUCACUUGGCAACUUAUGUGUGCUCACCGAUGCUGAGAAGAAGCUGCACCUGUACCAAUCCCCUCGAUGGAACGAUGAUGCAAGUCGUCCUGGAGCAGGGUCUAACAAAGCCGGACAGACCAAGGCAGGUCAAGCAGGUGGCGGGAGACCACCUCUGUCUCGGACACUUUCAAAAUCAGAACAGUCUCUAUUCCAGGGUAAGCCCAAAUCCUUCGGCUCCCCGGCAGUAGCUUCAAACAUGGGUAAGCCGAGUCGAAUCCCGGCUCCUGGUAAACCACGGGGACCUUACGCUGAGGUGAAGCCGAUCAGUAAAGCCUCCGAAGUGAGCCCAGGUACAGACUCUGCCGAGAAGCCUCUCAAAGCUAACUCCAAUGGAGCUGGGAGUGCUGGCACCAAUGGCAAGAAACCUGGUGAGAAAGGUAAAUCUGGAGCUCAGUUAUCAGAGGAAAAGAAAGAAAAGAAGGGGGCAGAUGGAGAGAAUGACAAGAGUUUUCUGAAGGUGGACCCAGAGUUAGUGGUGACCGUUCUAGGAGACCUGGAGCAGCUUCUCUUUAGCCAAAUGCUGGAUCCAGAGUCUCAAAGGAAAAGGACGGUGCAAAAUGUGCUGGACCUUCGUCAGAACCUGGAGGAAACCAUGACCAGUCUGAGAGGGGUUCAGCUCAGCCACAGUAGCUGCGUGGAGGGGACCAUCAACUAUGACAGCGAUGAAGCUGCUGCCUUCUCAAUCUCUAGCAUCUCCAACCGCUCCUCUCCUCUGUCAUGGCGCCAUGGGCAAGCAAGCCCCCGUCUGCAGGCCGGCGACGCCCCAUCCACAGGAAGCGCCCCAUCUGACGUUCCCCUCCGCCUCAGCCAGACCUCACGUAUCCACCUCAUAGAAGACUUGGAGGAUUCAGAUCCAUCUCUCCUGAAGGGAGAUUACCUCAGUGACAGCGAUUUUGGGGGCAAGAAUCCAAUCGAUGACUACGAAGACGAUGGCGAUGAUGAUGAUGUCGACGAUGAUGAUAUUGACGACUUAGAGAAUGGUUGGGAUGAGAGCAGUUCCAUCAGCAGUGGCCUGAGUGACGGCUCAGACAACCUGAGCUCCGAAGAGUUCAACACGAGUCCCACUCUCAACUCCCUCCCUACCACUCCCAUUGGCUCACGCAGGAACUCAGCCAUGGUGAUGCGCACAGAUGCAGAGAAGAGAUCUCUGGUGGAAAGUGGUUUGUCUUGGGACUCUGAUGACAGCAAGCCCGGUCGCAAAAGCAAAAGCGGUAGCUCCUUCGAUACGGGAAGCUUGAAGUCUGAGUCGGCCAACAAGUGGAAAGGAGAGAAGGGUGAGCUGAAGAAACCGCAGACCAUCAGUCAGGGCCAUGGGCUGAAGAAAGGGAGAAACCCACCUGUGGGAGUCACGUCCCCAAUCACACACACCUCCCAGAAUGGCCUCAAAGUAGCAGGUUCUGUGAAGUCAGAUGGGAAGCCCAUGGACAAAUCCCGACUAGCAGUGAAGGCUUCGGGACUUCAGCGUUCUUCCUCUGAUGCGGGUAAAGACCAUCGAAAUGGCACUGGAAGCGGUGAACAGCGAAAACCCCCAUCUGGCCUGGUCAGGCCUUCAGCUGGUGGAAAUUUUGGCUUCAAGAAAACCCCUACAUCUACCAGUAGCACUGCAAACAAUCCCAGUACACCCAUUGUUGGGAGUUCAGGCGUCAGCUCCGUGCCCAGCGGCUUAGCGGCUGUAGGGAAGAUUCCAAAAACAUCUGGUAUUCCCGUUAAACCAUGUACAGGUGGUGGAGGACGUAAGACAAGUCUGGAUGUUUCAAACAGUGACCAAAGUGGCUUUCUGUCUUCAAAUGCCAGGACCUCUCUUCAGUACCGCUCCCUACCUCGUCCUGCGAAGACAAGCACCCUGACGCUGACCCGGCCGAGCUCAGCUCGCCCAAUGAGCACCACUGUGGACACUAGCUCUGGAAUAACAAAGCCUUCCACAACAUCGCCACAGGGCUCUAAGCUCAAGGAACCCUGCUCAGGACUAAGUUCUGGUAAGACUGGAGGACGUGGAAUUCCCAGUCCGAGUCCUGUCAAUCAAACUGACAGAGAAAAGGAAAAAGAGAAAGCCAAAGCUAAAGCAGUAGUGUCAGACUCUGAGUGUGGAAAUGGGCCUUUGAAGGGCAAUCCUGCUCAGACCCCUUCAGAGAAUGGAGGGAAGCUUCAUGGGCUCAGACCGCCCAGCAGUGUCAAGGGCAUGGAUCUGUCUUCACCCAACACCCAAAGGUUGUCUGGGGUACGCAGUCUGUCAAAGCCUCCAUCCAUGGCCCAGCUGGACAAGCUGAACUCAGACAGUCUGGACAUAGAUGUUCAGGAUGGUCUGCCUCCAAAGAUUCCUCCCUACUCUAAGCUCCAAGAACGUUCAAGCUCACCAGGAAUGUCAACGAGCCCCUGUCUGACCCCCAGCCCCGCACCUAUACUCAAUGUGAACUCCUCAGCCUGCUUUUCCAGCUCCGGCAUUGGCCUGGGACCGAGGCAAGUCACUUCUCUCGGUGUUGGAGGGAGUGAAGGCAGUACCUCUCCCCUACUCUACCCUCGCACAUCAGGACUACAUCGCAGUUUGGAGUCUCUGCCCUUACAGAUGAGUCUGGCUCCAGAACCCCAGGAGAGGGAUAAAGAGAGGGUGAGGGGCACCUUGGGGAGAAGCACCAUCGCCUUAGAAUCUCAAGACAAAAAUCGAGAAGUGGACAGGGACCCUCCUUCCAGCUGGAGCUCUGGGAGUAAAGCCUCAAUCACACUCAAAGACAGUUCCCAGAGAGACAGAAACACACUGCCAAAGAAAGGUUUAAGUUUCAGUGGACCCUCUCAGCCUGAGGAGGAAGCAAAAGAGAAAGGAGAGAGGAGACACUCGCAUACCGUCCUCAGUAUGACGGACUCUCUCACCCUCCCACUGCUGUCCUCACCCACCUCCCUGCCCCGCACCUCGAAGACCAGUAUGGUACCCAGCCCCGUAGGCGGACCCAACAGGAUGACCCGGUCCAACAGCAUCCCAACACACGACGCCUCCAUGGAACUUUAUAGUGCGUCGCCACUGGGCAGCACCAUGUCCCUGGCCGAACGUCCGCGCAGCAUGGGGAUGGUUCGCUCUGGAUCCUUCAGGGAAAGAGAGCCCAAUGAUGAAGUUCAUGGGUCUGUUCUCUCCCUGGCCUCAAACGCCUCGUCGAGCUACUCUUCGGCUGAGGAAAGGAUUCAGGGAGAGCAAAUCCGCAUGUUAAGGAGAGAGCUGGAGUCAUCGCAGGAGAAGGUUUCCAAUCUGACCACACAGCUAACAGCGAAUGCAAACCUAGUGGCUGCCUUCGAGCAAAGCCUGGCCCUGAUGACAGCUCGGUUGCAGAGUCUGUCGAUAAGCCACGAACAAAAGGACUCAGAGCUGGUGGAGAUGCGGGAGACUAUUGAAGCCCUGAAGACCAGGAAUGAAGAAGCACAGGCCGUCAUCCACGGAGCCUUAAACAACCAAGAUAACAUGAAAGACCUUCGCAUCCGACGUCAGAACUCAUGUGAGAGCAUCUCCAGUCUGAACAGCUUGACCAGCAUGUCGAGUGUGGGCAGCUUGAAAGAUCAAGACGCAAAGAAGAAGAAAAAGAAGAGCUGGGUUUUUGAGCUGAGGAGCUCCUUCAACAAGGCCUUUAGUAUCAAAAAAGGCUCCAAAACCUACUCAGACAUCGAGGAAAUCGCCACCCCAGACUCCUCAGCUCCCAACUCGCCAAAGAUGGCUCAUGAGGGAGGAGAAGUGGAUGAGGACCUGCCUUCGUCCCUGAAAAUGUCAGCAUCUUCUACGUCUUCCAUGAUCAUGGAAACAGUGGAAGAGGGAGACAAUGGUGAAAAAGCGGUAUCAGAGUUACGGUCUGAACUCUGGGAGAAAGAGAGGAAGCUGACAGAUAUCCGUCUGGAGGCCUUAAGUUCUGCCCAUCAGCUGGAGCAGCUCCGAGAAGCCAUGAACAACAUGCAGUCCACUGUGGACAACCUAAAGGCAGAAAACGACCACUUGAAAACAGGAAGUCAGUUCCCUCUCUCUAGCCCGGGUCCCACCUCCUCCACCUCUCAGCCGUCGGGCCUGGCUUCUCUCCUGGGGCCUUCUGGGAAUCCGCCAAUGAGUUUGUCCCUCACCAAGUCUUUCAGCCUAAGCUUAAAUGAUUGUAAAGCUCCAGAAGUGUCUUCUUGUGACUUGCUAAGUACGUCGUCUCAGCAUGACGAGGUCUGCGCAAAAGUCCUGGUUCGCACCGGAGAUCAAAUGGAGGACAGGAAACAGCUGCAGGAAUUCUGCCUGGGCUCAGUGACAAUCAGCCAACGAACUGACUGGACCUGCCUUGACUCCCUCAUUGCUAAGACCUUUCAAGACUAUUUGAGUCAAGUGGACCCGACGGGAAGCCUGGGUUUGACCUGCGACUCUCUGCACAUGUACCAGCUGAACCAAGGAGUGCAGAGGACAGUAGGGGGGGACAGGCCUCAGGACUUGCCCCAUCAAUGCCUUGGCAGUGGCCCAGUUCAAAUUUUUGCAACCUUGAAAGGUCUGAGAGAAAAAAGUGUUGAUUCGCUGGUGUUUGAGACUCUGAUACCGAAGCCCAUGAUGCUGCACUACAUCAGUCUGCUAAUGAAGCACAGACGCCUGGUCCUGUCUGGACCCAGCGGGACAGGAAAGACAUAUCUGGCCCAGCAUCUGGCCCACUACCUCCUGCAGCGCAGCCAGAUCGACACAUCGGACAGCGACCAUGAGUCGUGUGUGUUGGGUCGCUGUGCUGCUGUCACCUUCAACAUGCACCGGCAGUCGCAGAAGGAUUUGCAGUUGUACCUGUCAAAUCUGGCAAAUCAGAUUGACAGAGAGAGUGGAGGGGAGGUGCCAUUGGUUGUUAUCAUAGAUGAUAUUAGCGAUUCAGCGGCCAUCACUGAGCUCGUCAACGGAGCCCUCACUUGCAAGUAUCACAAAUGUCCUUACAUUAUUGGAACAACCAAUCAACCUGUGAGGAUGACCUCCAAUCAUGGCCUGCACCUUAGCUUCAGGAUGGUUACGUUCUCCAAUAAUGUGGAGCCGGCCAAUGGGUUCCUGCUGAGGUAUCUGCACCGUAAAGCCGUGGAGACCCACCAGGAGGAGGAGCGUGACCCAACGCACCGCCAGACACUUCUACGUAUCCUCGACUGGAUCCCUCAGCUCUGGUACCACCUGCACGCCUUCUUGGAGAAACACAGCACCUCAGACUUUCUCAUAGGUCCCUGCUUCUUCCUGUCAUGCCCAGUGUCAGUAGCAGAGUUCAGGCAGUGGUUCAUUGAUCUGUGGAACCACUCCAUCAUACCGUACCUCCAAGAGGGAGCCAAAGACGGCAUCAAGGUGCAUGGUCAGAAAGCAGUGUGGGAGGACCCAGUGGAGUGGGUGAGAGGCACUCUGCCAUGGCCAAAUGCACAGCAGGACCAGGCCAGGCUAUUUCACCUCCCUCCUCCCAGCAUCGGGCUGCCCAAUGAGGAGAAGAAGCCCCCCAAAGAUACACCUCCACCCAGCACACUGGAGUCAGACCCUCUGAUGGCCAUGUUGCUGAAGCUUCAGGAGUCUGCCAACUAUAUCGAGUCUCCAGAGAGAGAAGGCUGCCUGGAUCCCAGUCUGCAGACUACACUCUGAGCCGAUGGGAGCGGGGAUCAAAGGAGAGUUUAAAGGACUCUGGAGUGAAUAUUAUAGUGUGCUCAGUGAGCAGCUUCAAAGCUAACUGUAAAGAGGGGGAGUUAUGAACUAAGGGUUUUCUCUGCCCUGCUUUCGAGGGACCGGGACUACAAACCGAUGUCAGAAGGAAAAUGUGAUGAUCAGACAUGGUUCUUCCUCUUGCCUCUGUGUCCCAGACUGGGUUUUUGUUUUAUCUGCAAGUGCAUGGUGAAAGGAAAUGUUAUGAUGCAAAAUAUUACCUGUAAUCCUAACCAUCAAGACUCAUUUGUUCCCUUUUAAUUCUGUUGAACGACCGUAUUUUUUUUUACAGCCACUGGUGCUCACAGGUUUUCGUUGAAGGCAGGCACUUCAUUUCAGCCGAUUGUGUUAGCGGCUCCCCCCGUGAGUUGGACCAUCACUGGACAUAAGGCCAAAAUGCACUUUAUUUUCUACUUGUGAAAAUGGGACUUGAGAGAGAGCUUUGUCAGUGAAUGUGGUGAAAGAGGGGUUGCUGGUAUAGCCAAAAAAGUGCAGUUCAUGGAUAAAUCCUGCAGAUGGCAGCCUCUGCCAGGUUCUGCCUCGAUGGUGUACUUUGUCCUUGCAAAGGUGCUCACCAGAUUACAACACACGUGAAAACGCAUUUAUGAACAUAGCCUUGAAUGUUUCUCUUGUUUUUUAUUUCAAUUUUAUUUUUAUUUUUUUAAAAUAAUUUUCUCGCUUACUGUUGAUCAGUUUGCCAAGCUGUGGAGAUGUAAGAGGAACGUGCAUGGAUGACUAAUGACAUGACUCUUCAAAUAAUCAGUGGCUUAAAGUUGGCAAUUUCAUAUCCGCAGAAGUGAAACACGGAUACAAUAACAGCUUGUUGAUCAAGUUUACCGUCUCUGACCAUGCUUGCGUUGCAGUAUGUUCUCUAUUUAGAUCACUUUAAAAACACAAAACUGUGUUGGAAAAAAAGAGAAAAAAAUAGCUAAAGAUGCCGAUUUUGUAGGAUUUUGUACUCGAGUCACCUUCAUCGCCUCACCUACUUUCUGAACAGACAACACACAUUUAAAAAUGAGAGCUAGUGACAGAAAGGUACAUUGUGUUUGUGACUUCUGGGUUAUUGUUCACAUAUGAUCUUACAAGGGGAAGUGGAGAGCAGCUGUUUAUACAAAACAAUGCAUAAAUAGUUUCCUUCCUCUUUUCAUUUGUUUUUUAUAUCAUGAGAUUUCAUCUGAACUCAAAAGGAAGUCUCCACACACGCACUAAGUUAUGAGAAUUAAGUUUGAAGCUUUUUGUAAAUUUUUUUUUUUUUUUGCACAAAUUAUGUUAGAAAUUAGUAUGUAACAGUAUUUAUUGCUCAUAUCUUGACUGUCAUGAGAUAAAGGAUGGUGGAGGAGGAGAAGGAAAGUGCUGGUAAUGGAGAACUAUGUGCACCCCACCUCGACGCUGAUGUACCUCAGACUGCCAUAUUCGGUCAACGUUCCUCUACUUCCCUUUGAAGGUGUAAAAGUAAAGACGUAAUGCCUAAGUCUGUCUGUGCCUGAAAUACAGUUCGACCUAAAGCUGCUCUCAAGCUACUUGCUACCACCCGAAGGCCUCGUUUUGGAGGAAACUCUGAACCACUUUGAUGUCACUGUAAAAUGGUGACCUGAUGUUUGGGUGCUUACUGGCUUAUUGACCUAGUGGAUGAGCUGUUAGUGGACAUGAUAGGUAUCAGCGUAUGAGAAUGUGUAUCACGACUGGGCUAUUUGUGUGCAAUUUGACACAGUUUGACCCCAGAGACUGAGAGACUUGUGGCAAGUGGUGAGAUGUGAGAAUAUUCCUAUCAUCCAUUGGACCUACCGCAAUUUAACCGUAUCAUAGCAAAGAGUUUUGAUAACUGGAAAUCUUCCUCUUUUUUUGCCUUUUUUUUAACAACAGAAAUGUGUUUGUCUUGUCGUUUUGCUUUUCUUAGAAUAUUUGUAAAGUUUUCUUUCUCUUUUGUAUAUGAAUGACAACACUGUUGUGAACACUGUACAUAGCCACUGCAUCUGCGACAACAAUCAUUGAAGCGAAGAGAGAUCAAAGAAGAGCUUUGCCCGUUGAUGCAGAAAAUGAGCAUCCUGUUUUUUUUGUUUUGUUUUGUUUUGUCUUCCUCCUGCAGGAAGAGCACUUGGAUUAAAAGUUGACUUCAUGAAAUGUCAUGUCUCUAUAGUCGCAUCAGAUUCCAUAUGUCUAUCUUUAAGCACUGGACAUAAUAAAGUCAUGUCAUUUUUCACACCCUUGA